AAGGUCCCACAUCCGGUGGCGCAUUUCAAAUUUUCCAAACAAACCUGGGUCUGUUGUCUAACUUUGAUGGAGUACACAUCAAGCUAGGAGUUUGUUUUUUUAUAUAUAUUUGUAGCUUUUGUAUAAUGGAACCCGAGCCAAAGCCUAACUGGAAGUCAGACGUCAAAUCGGUGGAAAAUCCCAAACCGCCUUCGAUCGACGAUUUUGUUGUUUUGAAGCCCAUUAGCCGCGGGGCUUUUGGGAAGGUCUACCUUGCUCGCAAGAAGAGCAAUGCGCGCCUGUAUGCCAUCAAGGUGAUGAAGAAGGCAGACAUGGUUGACAAAAACAUGACGAACCAAAUGAAGGCAGAGAGAGACGCUCUGGCUCUGAGUAAAAGUCCCUUCGUCGUUCACCUGUUUUACUCUCUACAAACAGCCACCAAGAUUUACCUGGUGAUGGAGUACCUCAUCGGAGGGGACGUCAAAUCUCUCCUUCAUAUUUAUGGGUACUUUGACCAAGACAUGGCGGUGAAAUACAUCUCCGAGGUAGCUCUGGCUUUAGAUUACCUGCAUCGUCAUGGGAUAAUCCACAGAGACCUGAAGCCAGACAACAUGCUUAUAUCCAACGUAGGUCACAUCAAGCUGACAGACUUUGGCCUCUCCAAAGUCAAGCUGGACAGAGAGCUGAGCCUGAUGGACAUCCUCACCACUCCGUCUUUGGCCAAACCCAAAAAGGAUUAUUUCCGCACUCCGGGUCAAGUCCUCUCUCUGAUCAGCUCCCUUGGAUUUAGCACGCCGUUAGGAGGAGGCCGGCGCCGCUGCAGCACGUCAGCUGUGAGCAGCCCCGCCUCCUAUGGCAAAACCAAGCAGAAGAAAGUUUCUCUGGAUUCUCCGUUGGUGAUGGAAGCUGAUCAUAUGGACUCUCCAGCGGAGCAUGUUUGCAAACUAAGACCUAAGAGCAGCGUGUUCAGUCCUCAUAAUCUGGCUAAAAAUCUGACCCCCACGUUGCUGAAGACCAGGAAGAGGUUUGAAACGAUGAGUGGGGGCAGCUCCACCGACACCGACGCCGCCGUCAGUCCAUUAUGGGAGCAUGAGGAGAAGGAGAACCAGUGCUUUAGCAGCCAGAGGCGCAGGAAGCAGCCUAAGCCUAAAAGGCACAAACGGGGUUUUGCACCCACAGCCCCGGGUGGGCUGGGCGUCUCUGGGAAAGCCUCUCGUAACUUGAUGAAAGCGUCCAAUCAGGAUCCUUUUCCUGAAAUGCUGCGAGUCCCUGCAGCUCAGGAGGACGUUUGCUCGUGGAUGAGCGGCGACUGUCUGCCUGCAGUUCCCUCAUCUGUCAAGAGGAGAUUCUCCGAGGUGGAAACCAGUCCAGAGCCUAAAGAGAGUAGAGCCAAAAAGAGAACCUCAGAUUACCAAACAACCUGUAAGGCUCUGGAGGAGCAGCCCGGCGGGAACCACAGCGGCCUGACCGGAACCUUUUCCACCAUCUGGAUUGGAGCUUCAGACGGCCUCGUUUCAGCAGAGCGUCUGCUUCCGAAGCACUCCAGUUCCGCCCAUGUGACCAAAAGUCUGCUCAGCGAGCUGGAGGAGCACGGCGAGGACCCGUUUGAAAACGGAACAAAGGGCUUGACUCAUUCGAGCUUCGCAUCGCCGCAGCUCGAGAGCACCGGCGGCGUCUGCAGGAACUUGAGCCUGGACUCUGACGGCUCCAUGCACGAAUCUUCGCUCAUCAUGGAGAGCCAAGCGGCGCCAAACCGGAGAUCGUCUUCAUCCGAGGAGCUGGAGGAGAGCAAAGCCUCGCCUCCGCAGACCCCUGCCGUCGUGCUCGAACAGACGACGGACUCUCGGUGUUCCGUCCGCAGCCUGGACCUCGCCUGCAGCGUUUUGCAGUCCCCCUCCUUCCUGAAGCCGCAGAACGUGGUGGCCUUCCGCAGCUACUGCAGCUCCAUCAACCGCUCCAGCGUGUCCGGGGUCUCCAGGCUCAGCGUGGGAUCCGUGGAAAGCAUGGACGUCUCCGCCUCAGCAUCAUAUCACUCCGGUGCUGCGACACCGGUGCAGAGAAGGCCGUACUCCAGCAGCCCCGCCCAUCAGACUCCUCGCCCCACGUCCACAUCCCACACCCCCUUCAGGACUCCCAAGAGCGUCCGGCGAGGCGUGGCGCCGGCUGAAGGCGCGCCCAUUCUCGGAACCCCAGAUUAUUUGGCUCCAGAGCUGCUUUUGGGAAAACCUCACGACUGCAUGGUGGACUGGUGGGCGCUGGGGGUGUGUCUGUUCGAGUUCCUCACCGGCGUGCCGCCUUUUAACGACGAAACGCCUCAGCUGGUGUUCCAGAAUAUUCUGAACAGAGACAUCCCCUGGCCUGAAGGGGAUGAGGAGCUGUCGGCGAACUCCAGGAAUGCCAUCGAGAUCCUCCUGACCAUGGACAUGACGAGGCGAGCCAGUCUGAAGGAUCUGGAGAGCCACCCUCUGUUCGCCGGACUGGACUGGGUCAAUCUGCAGAACCAGGAGAUGCCGUUCAUCCCUCAGCCGGAGGACGAAACCGACACGUCGUACUUCGAGGCGAGGAACAGCGCUCAGCACAUCGCCGUGUCUGGGUUCAGCCUGUAGAGCAGCUCUGCUCAGACGAGCAGAAAAAAUGUUAAUGUGUUGUUUUAAAGGACAUUUUAUUCAUGUGCAAUCGUGGAUCACGAGUGUCUGACGUUUAUGAUUCGAUUAAAAGGAAAUCUAGUUUCCUGUAAACUACAAGCUAACUCUUUUGGCUGCUGGUUUUGGUUUUCUGUGAUCAAACUUUCGGUUCAGAUGUUGCUGUGCUGGGUGGGCGGGCCUGCUAAAUGUGUGCUCCACUACUAUUUAAUUAAACCUAAUAUAUUCCUGAUUUUUAUGUGUUAAUGAUGUUCAUAACAUUCUGUCUUUCUGCUUUGAGGCUUUCAAACUUGAUGUCCUAACAGAUGUUUUUAUGUUCUGCAUUUGGAUUUUUGUCUUUUUUAUUUUUUAUUUCACACCAUUAUUUCAACCUUGCUCCGUAAACAGUUCUAAAGGAAGGAAAUUGUGAAUAAAAUUUGCUCCUAUUGCCAAAA